UUCUUGCGAAAAAUUCAAACGUCGUUUCAUAAAUAAAUGAUUUGCCCUUUUUUUUAUAUAUAUAUAAGCGACUGAGUACGUUUAAAGCUUAAAACGCGCACUAGUGUUUACAAUAGAGAAGCAAUUCACGAUCUAGAGGAAAUCAAGCUAACAUUCUCAAUGGAAGUGGAGUCUGGAUCAGUAGAACUCUUUGGGAGUACUUUGAAGUCUCUACUUGAAUGUAAAGAAAAUGGAGAGGUGCUAAGCAAUCUGGCGCCACCAUCAAUUUACAUGGUUCCUAGUGUGGUACGAGAUCUGAGCCCAAGUUCUUUUACCCCUAGCGUGGUCGCUAUUGGACCUCUUCACAGACAAGAUGAACAUUUGAAAGGAUUUGAAGCUCAAAAAACAACUUAUUUACAUAAUUGGUUGGAUGGUUUAGGUAUGGCGCCAGAGCAAACAUUGAGAGAAUGUUUGGAGAAGGUGAUUGGUUCAAUAGAAAGAAUCAAAGCAUGCUAUGCAGGGUUGACGACCUACGAUGAUUUUGAGCUUGCUAAGAUGAUGGUGAUAGAUGCUUGUUUCAUACUUGAGUUCAUUCACAGUGUUUUAGUGGCGUUAUCUGUUGGGACACACACACUGAUUACCGGAUCAAUAUGGAGUGACAUGCUGCUGAUAGAAAACCAAAUCCCGUUUUUUGUUCUUGAAAACAUCUUCGAGUGUACUGCUUUAGCAUCUGGACGAAUGAGAGAGGGGGCCUCAGUUACCAGGUAUUUCAAAAAACUUCUACGUAGAAACUAUUUCUUUCAAGGAAAUGUAGUAGCAUCAGAUGCUUCCACUCCUGAUCAUAUUCUUGGCCUUUUCCACAAAUAUUUCCGGCCUGCAGAACCGAUGCCAUCAAUGCCUGAGUCGAGUAUAAAACGCCACACAGCCAUGGAACUCCAUAGGGCAGGGAUGAAGUUCAAGCCUUAUGAAGAUGAAAAUUGGGCACUGGCUAUGAAACUGGAGUUACCCUUACCUUUGUUUCCAUGGUUCCAUAAAUUCAUUGCGAUUCCCCAAUUUUCAUGGUUCCGACCACCUACUCUGAGGAUGCAACAAAUGCAUAUAGGCGAUGGAAGUGAAUUGAUUUUGAGGAACCUGGUUGUCUAUGAGCAGGCUCAGUUUCGUGAGGAGAGAUAUUUUACUUCAUAUUUAAUUGCCAUGGAUAUGCUAAUCAAUACUCCGGAGGAUGUUGCCAUGUUGGAAAAAUCUAAAGUCCUUGUAAGUUAUUUUGGUUCCAACGAGGAAGCUGCUGAUAUGAUAAACAAUUUAUGCAAAAACCUUGAAUUUGUAUUCCUUUACAAUCGACAGUGGGAAGAAAUGGAUGCCUACUACACUAGCUACUGGCCCCAUACUGUUGCAGGGUGGAAGCUUACAUAUUUCAAUAAUCCAUGGAGUAUCAUUGCUCUGUUUGCUGCAUUUGUUCUGUUUGCUCUUACUGUGGUUCAGACCAUCUUUACCAUCAAGGCCGGAUAGGGGAUCAGUGUAGCUGGUAGCGAUUAGAUUUUUACUGUUUUUCCUACUUUCGUUGUACAUGAUUUUACUUGUAUGAAUUUCCUUUAGUUUACCCUCUGUAAUCAAGUCUCAUACAUUCAUCAUGUAUAUGCCUGUAAUUUUAAUUCAAUGACAAUAUUGAUGACCGAUCAA